AUGAACUCACGUAAAGCUUCAAUAUCUCAUGUUAUGAACGAUAGUUCUGUUGUUGCUUCUUCCUCGGACCAUCACCUUUCUUCAAACUCUGGUCAUAGUCUGAGGAACCUACUUUCUGAUGACGGCCCUGCCCAACAACACGCGUCUUCUCAGCAACAGUACCACCACAGUGCCGGUAAUAACAGUGGUCUAAGUAAUGGUACUUAUGGGGCUUAUCCGAACGAACAAGGAAGAGAUUAUUAUUCCCAUGUACAGCAGCAGCAACCACAGCAACCUGUUCAUAAUCAACCUCUUUCUUCACAUGAACAAAACAAUCGUCCAUCAUUUUUAAAUAAUGAUGUUUCUGCUGACGCUGAUGAAGCUAGUAAAACUCUGAUUCUUCUAUCACAACGUGCUCCUUCUUCCCAUUACGGGUCAUCAAGAGAUCAUUAUUCCUCUAAAGAUAAUACCCAACAGAUAUCUGACGUUGAAAUAGCUGCUUCCGCUAUUUCUUCUUUAUCUCAUUCUCCAGAUGAUACAAAAUCAAUUCAUCCUCAGACAAACCAAAGAACUAGAACAAAAAAUAAUUUUAUGGCUAUCUCUUCGUUAAUAUCAGGCGAUGAGUCGACUUCUUCAGAUCCUAUUCAAUCGAUGCAAGCGGCUCCUACUUCAACAGUUAACUUUAAUUCUUAUAAUGCAAAUAAUAAUGGUAAUGGCAGGAAAUCUGCCAAGCGUCCUUUGAAUGGUUCACCAAGUCUACCCAUUGCAAAGGGAUUUUCGAAAAAGAGUCCGCAGAAACGACGGCCAUCUGAUCCGAACGAGAAUUCUCAAAGAAAGAUACACCGUUCUCCAGAUCAUAUGCCUUAUCCAUCAGGUGGUCAAAAGUAUUCUGAUUUACGUGAGCAUCCAGUAGAAGAGCAAAAACCGCCAAUUCAUUUGGUUCCUGUUUCACAAGGAGGUCCAACCAAUUCAAUGGAUUGGGAUCAUCAGAUGCCACCACAACAACAAUAUAAUCAAUCUAGAUCUUUACAUAACGUUCCACCGACUGAUCAUCCAGGUCGUUUUCAACCAAAAACCAGUGGUUCACCACCGAUGCCUGCUGAUAAAUCUAUGAACAUUAAACCUCAUUACGCAAUGAAUCCGAAUGAAAGGACUCUGGCAAAAACUUCUCCAAUUCAUCCUUCAAACGGUUAUGUUCCAGGUGUUGGUGUAGAUGGUAUAGUUGGAAAUCCGCCUAUUACACAAUCAAUACCUCAACAAAAUGGGCAAAUUCGUCCACAAUCAUCAAAUCCUAAUUUUUGUAGAAUGUAUAAUGAUAUGCAGAAGCAUAAUACUAAAAAAAAACGGAAUGCCAGUCAUGCUUAUAUUUCGUAUAUGAUCUAUACAAAGUCUCUCCAAGAUGUUAGUGAGAACGGUAGGAUUAAUAAAGAAUAUAAUUUACCUCCAAACAACAAUAUGAUAAAUCGUCCGGUGAUGCCAGAGAGUUCUCCCCCCAUGAACAAUGAACAUAUGGUAAAUCCGUCAAUAGUUCAUCAUCAUCAUCCACCGCCAGUUAAUGGUAGUAUAUACCCUCCUCGUGUGGAUCAUCCCGGAUAUCCAUUACAACCGAGCAAUCCUGGGUAUAUACAUCCUGAGGCUAAUCCACAAAGUGUGCAACCUCGUCGUGUUUCGGAUUCUCCAAUGCAUCCACAACCAAAUUCAAAUCCAAUUUCUCUGUCACGUGGCUACUCUCAUCAUGGACCUCCCGUGCCAGAGCCACAACCACCGCAUACUUCACAUCGACAUUCGAUUGGUUCUCAUCAUACUUCUCCUAGUUUAUUACCUACUCAUAUUCAAUCACAGAAUCAUUCAAUUAGACAUAAUCCAUCUAUGCCAAAUCUUCAUUCUGAUCCUCAACACCGAACUCCUCCAUCUCCUUUAUCUCGGUCAGGGAGCGUUCCCCGUCAACCACCGACGACUCUGCCUCCAUUGCAAUCUCAACCUUCAUAUAUGUCUCAACCUCCUCCUACGCAGGGUCCUUCUCCUCAUAUAUAUAAUGGUAAAUCUUCUCCGGUGCCACCUUCACUAAUACCGCCGCAAUCUCCAGCUAUGAAUCAUUAUCAUAGCUCACAACCAGGUUUAGUUUCGCAAAACGGGUCACGCUUACCACCCGUAGGAUCUCAUCAUCAUAGCUCGCAACCUCCUGAACCAGUUGGUCCAUCAAAUAAUAGUCCACAUCAAAUUAUAAGUCAACCGUUAACCAACUUUUUACGGGAUCAACCUAAUGCAUACGGUAGUGCACACCCACAUAAUAUACAACCAAAUGGUUUAAGCCCAGUUGGUCCACCAUCACAUGUAGGCCCAUUAAAUAGUGGUCCCAGAAGUGCUAGUGGUUAUUAUUGA